AAAACGCGGCUCCUUCUCGGCUCCAUUUGUUUUCUUGACGAGUGCAGGAGGCCCGAGAGCGGCGGCUGCAGUCGCCUGGCUGCUGCUUUGCGGCCCAGGAAGGGCCUGACCCACUGCCUCCUCAGCCUCCUCCCCGAACGCGGGAGCCAGCACGAGCGGCUCCCGGAGGGACCCUCGCGAACGCACUCCUGAUUGGCUGUCCCGGGAGACGUCAACGGGAGGACCCCCGCGGUGGGGGUAGCGCCCGGCUCCGCGCGUGCGCAGACGGAGUGCGCUGGACCAAGGGGGAGGUGCCCGGCCGCUUCUCCCGCGUCCGCCAUUUUGUUGCUGUGGCUAUUGGGAACGGGCUGGGUGAAACGGCCCGGGAGGCGCGACUCUUGUUGGAGUAGGCUGCUUCGGGUGACGGCGAGGGUCGCUGCGGGCUCCUGAGGCUGCGGAGCCGGCGGGUUCCAGGACAGAAGUCACCGGAGCCACCCCUGGACGCCGGGCAGCCGAGAAGCCCGAGGCGGCCUCCGCUACUGCUCCGCUUCGCCCACCUCGACCCCUGGGCUUUGCCCAGUGUUCCCUGGCCGGCUCUUUCCCUGAGGCGGAGGAUGCUGCGGGGCCCGGAGCCGAGGGUGAGGUCCUGACCCAGCACUCGGAUUGCUCUUCCGAGAGGCCCUUCCUCGGCCCCAAAGCCGACAGCGGGUAAAGGCUUCGCGAGCAGGCGAGAGCAUCAGACACCGCCCAUCCCCGGACCCAACACCAUGUCGUCCGCCAGGUUUGAUUCUGCAGACCGCUCUGCCUGGUACAUGGGACCAGUGUCUCGCCAGGAGGCGCAGACCCGUCUCCAGGGCCAGCGCCAUGGCAUGUUCCUAGUCCGGGACUCCUCUACCUGCCCCGGGGACUAUGUUCUGUCCGUGUCCGAGAACUCGCGUGUCUCGCACUACAUCAUCAAUUCCCUGCCCAACCGCCGCUUUAAGAUCGGGGACCAGGAGUUCGAUCAUUUGCCGGCCUUGCUGGAGUUUUACAAGAUCCACUACCUGGAUACUACCACCUUAAUCGAACCAGCGCCCAGGUAUCCAAGCCCACCAAUGGGUUCUGUCUCAGCACCCAACUUGUCUGCAGCAGAAGAAAAUGUGGAAUAUGUACGGACUCUCUAUGACUUUCCUGGGAAUGAUGCUGAAGACCUCCCCUUUAAAAAGGGUGAGAUUCUAGUGAUAAUAGAAAAGCCUGAAGAACAAUGGUGGAGUGCCCGGAACAAGGAUGGCCGGGUUGGGAUGAUUCCUGUUCCUUACGUUGAAAAGCUUGUGAGGUCUUCGCCACAUGGAAAGCAUGGAAAUAGGAAUUCUAACAGUUACGGCAUCCCAGAACCUGCUCAUGCGUAUGCUCAACCUCAGACCACAACUCCUCUACCUACAGUUACCAGUACUUCUGGGGCAGCUGUCAACCCUUUGCCAUCCACACAGAAUGGACCUGUCUUUGCAAAAGCAAUCCAGAAAAGAGUACCCUGUGCUUAUGACAAGACUGCCUUGGCAUUGGAGGUUGGUGACAUUGUGAAAGUCACAAGGAUGAAUAUAAAUGGCCAAUGGGAAGGCGAGGUGAAUGGGCGCAAAGGGCUUUUCCCUUUCACACAUGUUAAAAUCUUUGACCCUCAAAACCCAGAUGACAACGAGUGAUCGCUGUUGCCGUCCCUGCUGCUGCCUUGUCCUGCCUGUCAUAAUCUCCUUUGAAGUGGGAAGCACUCUCCCAUGCAAGACACAGCAAGCUGCUGGGCCGCUCCCCCACACAUUGGUGGUUUCCUGCACAUUUGGAAUGCCUCCAGCGGCUGCCUCUUGGCAUUUGUAUCAUAGUCAUGCUGUCAAAGAAUAGCUGAUUUUAGAGUUCUUCUGGAUUAUAAACUGGAAAUACUGGUGGAAGCACACAAGUCAAGAGAAUUGAACACAGAAAGGGUCUUCCUUCUCAUCACUGCCUUGUUUAUACUUGAGGCUGACUGUUGUGCUCGCCAUAGAAAGCGUGAGCCUGCUGAUGGUCCACUCAGAGGGUUAGCCUCGGCAAGCUCUUGCUGUUGCCGGGCUGUAGAGCAGUGGCUGUGCCAUCAACUUGUUUUUCUUUGAACAACAGAGGAAGUAAACUCCAGACAGUUCUGCCCAAACUCCUGAAAUUUGGCUUGUUUCCACUUUCUUUUGUUUAGCUUUGGUUUGGAAGACUAAUUCAUUAGAGUUGUGUGUUCACAACAGAUUUUUAAAUAGUAGGUUGGAUUUUUGUGAUAGUCUGAGGAACAGUGCGUGUCCCUGAGCUUCCACACUGAAGCUGCUGUAUGUAACUAAAAGAAAAUGAAGACACCCUGAAGUAGAGGCCUUUAUCUUUUGUUACCUUGUGUACCGCGUGGCAAACAAUGCACAACAGCAGCCAUGGUGUGCCGUGCUGUUUGCAGCCAGGAAGCACCAGGGUGAACCACCGGUGAUCUGUGGAGACUGUUGCUGUCACAGUUGCCAUUGAUAGGAGCAGAAAGAGUGGAGCACUUGGUCAGUUCUGUCUAGCUUUUCAAUGAGUACACCCCUUUAAGAACUAAAAUUAAGUUUAUAGAAUUAGUGGAUUCACCACAAAGUGCUGUCUGUCCUGGUUCCAUAGCGUGAGUGGAACAGAGCACAGUGCUGAGCAAAGAAAAUGCAGGCUCUGGAACCCCUAACCCAUAUACCAUGAGCCAACAUGCAAGCCAGCUGAUACAAAUGUGUGUCUGACCCCUCAUCUACACAAAGCAACCCUGAGUUCUAGAACCUUCCUAAAGUACACUCUGUUUCAGCUGGACCCUGAUGAAGACACACCUCCACUCACAACACCACAGCAGUCUCAGAAAUGUAGCAGUGACUUAGUGAAUAGUUCCAGCAUUUACAGAACAGCUAGCUGUAACUGUGACCCUGGCUCUGAGACUCUUAGGCUGUGAGAACUAAGGGAAUAUAUCCUGGAAGCAAAACUAGCACAGCCAUUUGUCCACUAUAUUUAUUCUCUUAAAAACUUUUUUUGUUUAAUGUUGUGUAUAUUGGGCAUGGUAGCGCACACAUUUAAUUCCAGUACUCUGAAAGGCCGAGGUAAACAGGUCUCAAGAGUUCAAGGCCAGGGGCUGGAGAGAUGGCUCAGAGGUUAAGAGCAUUGCCUGCUCUUCCAAAGGUCCUGAGUUCAAUUCCCAGCAACCACAUGGUGGCUCACAACCAUCUGUAAUGGGGUCUGGUGCCCUCUUCUGGCCUGCAGGCAUACACAAAGGCAGAAUAUUAUAUACAUAAUAAAUAAAUAAAUAAAAAGAGUUCAAGGCCAGCCUGCCUGCUCUAUGUAGUGUGUUAUAAUCUGGACAACCAGAUGGACAUAGAGAGACUGUCUCAGAGCCCCCCACUCCCCAAAAAAGUGUAUGGGCGUUUUGCCUGCAUGUAUGAAUGUGCAUCCCACAGGUGCAGUGCCUAAGGAGGCCAGAAGAGAAUGUUGGAUCCUCUGGAACUGGAGUCACUGUGUGGAUGCUAAGAAUUGAACCUGGGUCCUCUGUAAGAGCAGCAAGUACUCUUAGCUGCUGAGCCAUGUCUUGAGCCCCAUCAGUUUCUCUUUAAAUCAGUAUCCCAUCAGGCUGAUAAGUGCCAUAUUUUAGUGUUCAUGUGACAAAAUGGUUAUUUGGGGUUUCGGGGUAGUAUCAUGUCUACCUAUCUGUGGCUUUCCAGAAAAUGGUAGAUAUCAUCUCUUUUUCCAUCUCUGGAAGCUGCCGGUUUUUUUAGCCAGAUCUGUUGAGUGAGCCCCAAACUGCCUAGAACAAUACUUGCCCUCUGGCUAGUGGCCAGCCCGAGGCCUUUUGAUACCUGCAUUGAGUACAUGCCUUGUUCACAGAGGACACAGCCUCCAAGGAAUCGCAUCUCAUCACUGGGGCUUGAGCCUCAUGCCUUACACAUGCUAGGUAAGCCCUCUACCACUGAGCUCUUCUUUAAAUUUUGAGAUGGGAUUUCCAUAAAUUGCCCAUGCUGGCUUCGAAUUUUCCAUCCCAGCCCCAACUGAAAUUACAAACGUUUGAGUCACCACACCCAGCUCUUAAGGUCUUUUAAAACUACAUUUAACUGAAGGGCUUGGGUGUCUUGAUUAUAGCAGCUUGCUCAGCGCAGGCAGCCAUUUUUGAGAACAGGAUUUCCCUUCUCAAGUCUGUUGAUGAACAAGACUGUAGAUUCAGGAUCAAAAUGCCCCAUAAACCUGGAGUUUGGUUUAUAAAACCAGCUGAUUUGGCCCAUGUUUCUACAGCUCCCUCAGGUCCAGAGCUGGACAUAAGACUUAAGUUCUGAACUCAGGAUAUGUGCCAAAAGUAGUAAUUUCCUGAAUUAGAAGCUUGUCAGUUUAUUAAUCAGGAAAAAUUUCCUUUUCACACUGAUAGAAAGUGGCAUCUUCCUAGGUCCACUCCCUGGGAAGACACGUAGCCUCAGAGGGGAGUGUGAUCCAGGGGUGGCUUUCCUUCUGUGACUGUCAUUGCAUGGGAUGCUCUGCUGUGUUGGACUGGGAUGACAACCCUCUCACUUUUGCUGUUGUAUCUGAGAAGGGAAUGACCAGGUUGCCAGGGCAUAGACGGCUAGAUCAAAGUCCUGUCACCUGAGCAGGACCUCCCUGCAGAAGGCAUCCUUGGCACUUCUGCACUGCUUUGACGCCACCUGUUGCAGGGUUAACAGGGUGCACGGCUUUGGUUACGCAGACUCAGAACUCCCUGUGCUCACCGGAAGAGACUCUGUGCCCUCCCUUGGAGUUGCACGUUCCUGGCACUGUGCCAGCCUUCCUCUACACCUGUUUACAGACAAGAUGGGCCAGGAUUGAUGGCCACUGCUCUUGUAACUUUUGCUCAGAAGAAUAAUGAGCUUUUUUUUUUUUUAAGGGAUGAUGUGUUUUUGUUCUAGGUGUUUAUAAUUUAAUCUUUUAAUAUUAUGUUCAUUAACCUCUUAAAAUGAGUGAAUUCUUGAUUGUUUUAACACAGUACCUAAGACUAAUGCUUUCUGUGGCCUCCUCACCACAGGACCAGAGAACCGCAUCCCUGGUAACUGCUGUGAGUAUGGACACUGAGCUGCUUGUAUAUUCUAAAGGAGCAGGAAGACAGUUCUCUGAGACAGGAGGAACAGUGGCCUUGCUUCUAGACGGUCUUCACUGUGUGUUUUAAAAUGACAUAAAACUCUUUUGACAUGUAUAACUUAAAGAUCAUAAGUGUCAGGCAAUAAUAUUUUCUGUGUAAGCUUUUAAAAUUAUUUUUGGGGAUUAUAGCUUGUUUUAUUUUGUGCUAUAAAAUUAACAGUAUUAAAUGACUUAUAUUCUUAGAAUACAGUGAGUGUCUUUUCUUAACAGAUUAGUGCCUUUUUAUUUUUGUAUUCCAUUUUACGUUACUGGUCCCAGCAUCAAAACCCUGUUUCCAUGGCCUGUUUGUACAUUGUCUCAAUAAAACUUGCACAGCUGGCGGUGGCAGCA